AUGUCGGGGAUGAGCCAUGGAGGACGGCCUGAGGCAGCGCGACCGACCGCAUCCGCUGCCUCCGCUUUCUCUCGGUACGACGUCGCCGACCCUGACCGAUCCUCCACCAAUUUCCAUCACUCCUCCCAACUAUCCGACGAUUUCUCCUUCGGUUCCUCCAUCAGUCCACCGGAUUCGUCUCACGUCCAGGACGGUCUGCUGCACGACUCUCUCUUCCCUGAGUGGAGAAACGGUGCUCCACGACCGGGGGUAGAAAACCCAGAUGAGCUGCAGAAAACCGAUCCAUUGGCCACGCAAAUAUGGAAGCUCUACUCUAGAACAAAAGCUCAGCUGCCCAACCAGGAGCGCAUGGAAAACCUCACCUGGCGCAUGAUGGCCAUGAGUUUAAAACGGAAAGAACGGGAACGGCUCCAGCAGUCUCGCCCAACAAUGCAAAGCAGUGGGAGCUUGGGGCCGAGCGGGAUCGCCCAGCUUCGUCAGGCCGACCGUCCACCGACCUUUGCACACCCCUCGAUGGCCAUCGACCUUGCAUCCGAUCCCAUGAACAUCGACGACUUCAUUAUUCCUAUUGACUCUCCUGCCGAUCGCCCGCAGUCGCCUCCCGCAGAAAGAGGAGGACGAUCAUCCAUGGCGAUACCCAUCAAACCGCGGAAGGAGCAGUCGGCCGAAUCCACUCCUGUGCCGGCUUCUCUCCCUCACCCGCCUCAAAAUCAGCGCCGGAACAACGAGUUUGGCUACGUGCCGCGUCGCGUGCGGAAGACCAGCAUUGAUGAGCGGCAGUUCUUCAAUCUCCAGAUCCCCACCCGCAAGCGGCCGGCCGAGUCGUCUCCGCAGGUUCCGCCCGUCUCGAAUGCCCUGUUGGCUCAGGAUCUGGAUUUGUCGGCCGGUGUUCCGGACUAUACCUUGGAUUCGUCGUCGGCCGGGUUUGCCAUCCCUCACAGUGCCUCCCAAAGUCACAACAAUCACACUUCACCGGGCGUUCCCUUUGGGCUGGAUACGUUCAACUUGGGCGAAGAUCCCAUUCUCGCCUCGGCUGGUCCUUACCAGUCUCACUUCACUUUCUCCCCCAGCGACUCUCCAAUGACUUCGGCAAACCCCUUUGCCAACCUCUAUGCUCAAACCCCCGUCGCCUCGUCGCUCAAUUCGACCGAUUUCUUUUCUCCGCCUCCAUCGGGCUACCAGUCGACCGUGUCGACCCCUCAACCCACGUACGAUGGCGAGCAUUCCAUGUAUUUUGAUAUGCCUUCGAUCGAUGCUCGGACUCAGCGGCGUGUUCCCAGUUACAUCACGCAGCGGUCCAAUCUAUCCGCUUCGCUGCAGCCUCGAUACAUGUACAACAACAAUACCAACACUGAACAGCAGCAGCAGCACGGACUGCCCCACGUGAGCAAUCCUCCAUCUGCCGUCCAUUCGCCCGGCUAUCCCAUUCCUCACCAGCAACACGUUGAUCCCACUCAGGUGCUGAACCCAAGUGACUUCCCCACCUCCAACUCGCAUGCUGGCAUCUUCUCGUUCGGCGCGGAUUCGGAUAACGAGGAUGACGAUGGCACCAACUUCCCCGAACGUGCGGGCUUGGCUAUGCCUGUGGAUUUCGAUGACAAUCCUCCCGAGAUGAACGGGAUGCCGUGGGAGUCGCAGUUCCCGGGAUCGUUCCAUUCGCUGCCUGGCUUCAGCGCGCAGCACCGCAAGCAUGUCACCAUUGGCUCGGCGGAUAUGAUGGAUAUCCCCAGUGAGUGGAACCACGGUGGCAGCCUAGGCCGUACGCAUGGGUCCGUGGCCUCGGUCAGUGAAGUGCGCAAUCGCGAGCAGGAUCCUCGCCGUCAAAAGAUUGCUCGGACCACCUCCACGCCGAAUGCCAACCAGCUCCUGCGUCAGAGCAUGAACAACACCUCUCACACCUCGCCCAAUACGCCUCCGGAAUCGGGACUCAGCAGCGCUGUUCCGUCCCGGCCGGCCAGCCCUGGUGGCUCUAAGAACGGCGAGCAGAACACUGGGCCCACGACCUGUACCAACUGCUUUACUCAAACCACCCCGCUGUGGCGCCGCAACCCGGAAGGCCAGCCUCUCUGCAACGCGUGCGGUCUCUUCCUCAAGCUCCACGGAGUGGUUCGUCCGCUGUCGUUGAAGACGGAUGUCAUCAAGAAGCGGAACCGCAGCAGCGCCAACAGCCUGGCUGUCGGCGUUUCCCGCUCGACCAAGAAGUCAUCCCGCAAGAACUCGGUCCAGCAGGCAGCGGUGACACCGCCCACCUCAAGUCGCGCGCAUAGCGGCACUGCCUCCGAAUCGCCACCUGCGAUGUCUGGAAGCGCUCCAGCACCCGCCAUCCGCGCGGCCGCCGUGAUGGGCAAGUCUGGUGUCGUCCCCAUUGCCGCGGCACCACCCAAGUCCACUCCCUCGAGUGCCGCACAAAGUCGCAGUUCUGUCCAGGUGGCCCCCAAGCGUCAACGGCGAUUGGAGAAGGCCAGUGAUGUGGAUGGAGUUGAUGACAGCAACAAGGCGAGCAGCUCGUUGGGCGGCCGGUCCAAGGUGGUUCCGUUGGCACCAGCCAUGCCUCCCGCCGCGGCCAAUCCGGCGAACCACAGUAUAGCUGGGGGACAGGGUGCGAGUCAAGAAUGGGAGUGGUUGACCAUGAGUCUAUAG